AAUAUUGCGAAUGUCCUUGAUUCCCGCGGUUUCUUUCUUUCUCCAACUCCAAAACCUUUUGUUUAUUCCUUCAUGCGUGCAAGUCAUCGAUAAAUGUCAACACAACACCAACAUUUGUUCGUAACUCACAAGUAACACAUGUACUAAGUUGUAACUUCGCUAAUUCCAUUGUUUUGUUUCAACAUCAUACAACUAUAUAUACCCUUUCAACAUCACUCUUCUACCUUCUUUCUGUUUCUCUUUCUUUACUUUCCUCUUUUUACAAAAACUGAAAAAAUAGUAACAAAAUCGAUUAUUUAUUACUUUCACCAUUUCUCAUCUGGGACUCGUUUUCUUCUUCACUAAGCUCAAAGGUUUUCUAUUUUACCGCAAUGGGGGGUCGUAUGAGUAAGAAGACUCCUGGAACGGCGUCUGAUAUCAACCUUAAUGCUGAUAUGGUAACUGAACUGAGGUCAUAUGAAGCUGCCUGCAAGCUUGACUCAGAUUUGCAGUUAUUUGACAGUAACCUUCAAGCUCGAACAAAUCAGGUUAUCAAUACUCUUGCAGUUGGAGUUGAAGUUCGAUCUCUUUCGUUUGAUUCACUCAAACAAGUCACGGAAUGCCUUCUUGAGAUGAAUCAGGAAGUUGUCAAGGUAAUCUUAGACUGUAAGAAAGAUAUAUGGCAGAGUCAAGAACUGUUUGAGCUUGUUGAAGAGUAUUUUGAUAAUAGCUUGAAGACUCUAGAUUUCUGCAAUGCUUUAGAGAAGUGCCUAAAGAGAGCCAAGGAUAGUCAAUUGCUUAUUCACGUGGCUCUUCAAAAGUUUGAAGAGGAAACUGAGUCGGGAGACAAUCGCUAUGCGAGGACUUUAGAGGAACUGAGGAAUUUUAAGGCUGCCGGUGACCCUUUCACCGAAGAAUUCUUCCAAAUAUAUCAAUCUGUUUAUAAUCAGCAAAUACUUAUGCUUGAGAAGUUACAACUCAGAAAAGGCAAGCUUGAUAAGAAACUGAAACAAAUCCGUACUUGGAGGAAAGUCUUGUUUAUCAUAUUUGUAGCCACGGUUGCUUCCGUGUUGAUCUGCUCAGUUGUAGCGGCAGCCGUUGCUUCUCCACAUGUUGCGGCAGCUGUAGCUGCUGUUACUGCUAUCCCAAUCGGCUCAAUGGGAAAGUGGAUUGACACCCUGAUGAAGAACUAUGAAAAUGCUUUGAAAGGACAUAAGGAAGUAACUAUCUCAAUGGAAGUUGGAUCUUAUGUAGCUAUAAAGGAUUUGGACAAUAUCCGGAUUCUAGUUAAUCGACUUGAAGUUGAGAUCGAGUCUCUAAAAGUGAAUGUGGAUUUUGCCAUUGAGGAAGAAGAAGCAGUGAAGGUCGCGAUAGAGGAAAUUAAGAAGAAGUUGGGAGUUUUUAUGAAGAAUGUCGAAGAUUUAGGAGCACAAGCUGAUACAUGUAGCCGUGACAUUAUAAAGGCAAGGACGGUUGUUCUACAAAGAAUCGUUAAACUUCCCCAUAAGUGAAGACGUGUAUUCUGCAUUGUCCGCCAGUAAUUGUUGUUGUAGAAUUAAUCUGUUUCUGUUUCUUGUGAAAUUUCAUGAUUUUCAGUUAUCAUGGAUCCAUUCAGACUUGGUUUUUUUUUUUUAGUACAAUGAUGACUUAUAUUUAUAUGGUAUGUGUAGGAAACUAAAACUUUUCAUUUUUUCAAGACUCUAGGGUGCUUAUGUCUGUGAGUUGUGACUAUAUUUUGUAAUAUAACAUCUAUUUAUGUUUAACUUCUUGUUUGUUGGUAAAA